AUGCCCCCUUGGGGAAGACCACCAGGGGCACGAACGGGGAGAAAUACUAGGGGACGUGCGUGGGAGGAGACACGGCUGGAGGAGGUGGAUAGCGAGGAGGAUGCAUAUGGGCGGGAGUUAGUGCGGAGCGGUCGAUACAAGCAGGAGUAUGGAGGGCGAGGGCCGCGGAGGCGACCUGUGGAUUAUGAAGACUUGACGGAUGAAGCUGAAUUUCUUGAUGGGGGAGAAUUCGAUCUAUACGAUCAUGAGGAUAGCACGGUGGCCUAUGCGAUUCAAUUGGCCAUGCGAGACAAGGAGGAUCAACUGGUGGACACGGCGCUCGAACGAAUUCGCCGCGCCCAAGAACUGGAUGCCUUGGAGCGCAAGCGCCAGCAGACGGAUGGGUCAAGUGGAAGCCGGCGCUCAUCCAUCCAUUCUAUCAAAGCGACGUCGCGCCCAUCGUCCCGACGGAGCGUUGUCGCGCCAGAGCCCGGGGCGUAUUCGACCUUUGCGCCUGAUGCACACAGCACCUGGGCUCGUGGGACGGCCGGCUCGCGGCCGUCCAGCUCAUCUUCUGCUCGCCCCCGGACUCCAACCACACAAUCUCUUCGUCCCCAGCAGUCCAACUCACCUCUUCGACCUACCUACCCAUAUACCCCCGAGCGCUUUGCCCCCACUGCCCGACCACAGUCGAUGCAACAACCGCCUGUGUUCCCACGGCCACUGCCAGACGAUCCUCAGUGGGCCCCGUCCUACUACAAUACCAUGCAAAUGAACCCAUACGGGGAACCUGCGCCAUACCUACCGCAGGUUCCCACCGAUCUCCGGGCUGGCCAGCAGAAUCGAAUGAGUUACCCUUCAGGGCCUCCCUACCCAGUUUAUCAAUCUCCGGCCAAACGCUCACCGCCAGGCACAACGGCCCGGGGAGACAUACCACUAGAUCCAGUCAAGUCAGGGCCGGAGCAAUCUACUGAAGAUGAAUCAGAGAGCGAGGAUGAAGUGCAGAUCGUCAAGGUGGCCAAGGUGGCGGAGCGCAAGGCCCCAGUUGCGCAGAGGCGGCCGGUUGCUGGAACCACCCGUAAACGGACCAGCCGAUGA